AUGUCGAGUACGUUGUUUGAUGAUAUUUUUGCUGUGACGGAUGUAGAUCCAGGUCGGUACAAUAAAGUUUCGCGGAUCGAAGCGAGUUCAACGACUCAGGACCAGUGUAAAUUGUCCCUAGAUGUGAAUACAGAUUUAUUCCCAGUGCAAUUGCAAGAACAGUUGACAGUAACGAUUGCAAGUUCUCUAGGAGUGGACGAGGGUGCUAAUGAUAGUUCUGCUACUCGUUCGUGGAGGCCGCCACCACCGGGCGAGAGAUCUUUGGCGGAUGAUUACGACUAUGUGAUGUACGGUACGGCGUACAAAUUCGAAGAAGUGUCAAAGGAACUUAUCGCUGUGUAUUAUUCGUUUGGUGGGCUUCUGAUGAGACUCGAAGGAAAUUACAGAUCGUUAAACAACGUUAAGCAAGAAAAUGCAUAUUUGUUGAUUCGUCGUUAG